AUGGAACUUUGGUGUCUCUUGCUACCGAAACCAAGAGCUCAAGCACGCCGAGAAGUUUAUGACAUUGUCGCUUGCUGCCCUCGAGCACUCCAACUCGACAGCGCUCAAGACCGCGUAUCACGAGAAGCUGCGAGCACAAUACUCGAAGCUCCAAGAGCUCUCACAUUCUCACGCCGCUUAAACUUUCUUCAGUAA